ACAGAGGGAGGGCAUGCGCAUGGUCAGCCUGUGGUGAUCCUUCUAGGGUGGGCAGGUUGCCAGGACAAACACCUGGCCAAAUACAGCACAAUCUACAGCCAGAAGGGGUGCGCCGUCAUCCGCUACACGGCCCCAUGGAGGAUGGUAUUCUUCUCCGAGACCUUUGGCAUCAGAUCCCUCCAGACCCCGGCCCGGCGACUCUUAGAGCUGCUCUUCGACUGCAGCGUGGAGAACAGACCGGUUCUUUUUCACGUUUUUAGCAACGGUGGUGCCAUGCUGUACCGUUACGUCAUCGAGGCGCUCCACACUCACAAGCCGUUUAAGAACAUCCAAGUAGCAGGCACCAUAUUUGACAGUGCCCCUGGCAGAAGAAACUUGAGAGGAGCCCUUCGUGCCUUGGCAACUGUCUUGGCGUCCACGAACGUGCUGCUGAGGUAUUUCCUCCUGGUGGCUUUUGCGACGGCGGCCGUGGUGCUGCGGACCCUGCUGUACCCGCUGACCCGCCUCGUGCACCAGAGCCACUACGACGCCCUGCUGCGGGCGCCCUCGCGGUGGCCCGAGCUCUACCUCUAUUCCCAAGCCGAUGCCAUCAUCAAGGCCAGCGAAGUUCAGCACAUGGCCGAUGCCCGGCGGCAGCUCGGGGUCGCCGUGAAAGCUGUGGACUUCUCGGAUUCGGCUCACGUCAGCCACAUGCGGGUGUAUCCCACCUAUUACAGCAACCUCUGUGCGGCUUUCCUGUCUGACUGCGCCGGGGGCUCUCCCCCUUAG